CUCUCCAAACUUUCUCAAUCCCCGACGGUCGUACAGCUAAUACCAGUACAACGAUGCAAGUUCGAGAUUCCAUUGGUCGUUAGCGCCGAGGACAGCUGGAGCGUUAUCGCGAUGCCGGUGAGCAGAAUCGCUCGGCGAACGCCGGAUGUAAUUCCGCCGGACGAUCCCAAGAGUCAGGAGCCUCGGAUCGUCGUGGAGGAAGUCGAGAAGCGUCUGACGCUACAGCCCGGAGGGAAGAGACACAACUGCAGGGCCAAAGCUCAGGAACUGCAUCGGGAAGCUGAUCGGCUGUACCUUAAGGGAGAUUACGAGUCGGCGCUGGUGCUGUAUCACCGAGCGGCACGACUUUGUCCGCGCGAAUCCUUGCACUCGGUAGCAGCCAGACGCACCGAAGCGGCAAUAAGCUCGGCGGCUAAUCCGAAAGAACGACUCCUGCACCGACGAGCCAAGUCCGAGACUACGGACCAGUGCCCUGAGAUCGUCGCCAGGAAGACUCGGGAUGUCGUCACCAGGAGCGAGGAUCCCGAUCAGGAUGUGCCCAAGAUUCUCAAAUACCUGGACGCUCACCAGGACUUCUGGCGUUUGUCGAGUCCGGGAGCAUCUCCGCGGUUGCAGCCGCGGUCCAGGACGAUGUUGCGACAGCUGAACAAGUGCGUCAAGUCGACCCUGAGGGACGUGGAAAGCGCUCAGGCAGCGGGUGACUCUUUGGCUGUGCACCAGCUCAGCAGAGAACUCGUCAACCUGGUGUCGCUCGGUGAGAAAUCACACAGGAGUCAGAUUCAAGCUUUGGAAUACCUGCUGAAGAAGCAAAUGGAACUGGGAAGGCACGACAGGGCUGUGGAUCUCGCUGCCAAGAUGAUCUUUCUUGCGAGGAGUUGUAGGGAUGAGCUGAGCUUGGUUGAGGCUCUGGUGACUGUGGGGAAGGUUCACCUCAAGUUCGGAUGCUUGGAUGCACUGGCCCGUGUUUGGGAACGACUCGCCGAUGAUCUACGCAAGGAGCCAAUCCCUUCGGCUUGGCUGCACCACGACAUCGGUCGCUGCCACCUGGAACUCGGCAACUUCAGUCGUUCUCUGCAUUUCUCAAAAUUAUGUCUCGAGCACGCCGAAUCCGUAAAAUCGAAAAAGUGGAUACUACGGGGACAGCUGCUGAGUGGACAGAGUUUCCUGAAGCUCGGUAGAUUGGCCGAGGCUGUCGGCGCGCUCAAGACAGCAGCGAGAAUCGCCGAGGAUGAUAAAGGAGAAGAAGAAGCGAGUGGCCAAUCGAUUCUACUUUACGUCCAGAGUCUGAUAGACCAGGUGACUUGUCUCCUGAGACGGCUGAACCGCGAGCGCGACGAAAGAAUCGAAUUGCGCCCUGACGAGAUUGGAAGGGACUCGUCGCCGGCCAACUCGAUUAGCAAAGCCAAUAAAGCGCGGAAGAACGACGAGACGGAAGCUGUGCCAGCGAUACCCGAGAAUCUCGAAGAGGAAGAAGAGAGCACUUCGGCGGAGGACGAGAGAAUAUCACAGCUGCUGAAGAGGACUCGAGCUCUGCGUCGAGAGCGUCGCGGUACGACGCCGAGGUCAGGAAGCGAUAAGAAGGUCCAAGUACCGCGUCUAACUGCCGCGACCUUAUCGGCUGCCGGCAGCGACGACCAGCGUGACGAGGACGUCGUUGCGGACAGCUCUAGGACGCGAGUAAUCAGCCGAUACGACUGGGCUAAGAUCGAAUCGGACGACGAGAGGACUCUGAGGACGGGAGAGCUUGUCGCGAUGAGCAGCGGAUUGUCCAGCGCAGGAGUGACGGACGGGGAGGAAGAUACCCGGAGCGAAACGACAGCAAAGGAGGAGAUGCCGGUAACGUACUUAUCUCCAGACGAGGACCUACUGACCUCUCGAAGCCCCAGUCCGAUCAGCGAACCGAAGCAGUCGCACACUGACGAUCCCGUCGAAAGCUCGACAGUCGCAGAGACAAAACAAGCCCUGUUCGAUACCGACGGUCUCUCGGCUUACCUGCGCAGCCUGGAGUCCUGCGAAUUUCUCAAGCAGGAACAGCCGUACCUCGAGUCCAGAUGCAAUCCGAGCGGAUCAUUGUAGCGCGUGGAUGGAUUUCACUGCCGAAGUUUCCGCGAUUGAAUCGUCCCAGCUGCUGCUACUGCUCUAUGACCUGGACUCGUUUAUGGGAGUAACGAUCGAGUUCUCCCGGCUGAACAAUGCUAUAGAGCUUCGACAAUGCCGGACUUUCUCUCAGCUGGGGUAGGAAGUGUAAUGCCGUCAAAAUUGAUUAAUAAAAUGGCCUUUGUGCAUUGUUUGAUAAAAAAAA